UCAACUCCAUUGGAAUUACAAAAACGUCAAGACCAACUUAGCGGCUUUAAAAUUUGCGAUGGCAAUUAUCCAGUCACAAUUAAUACAUUCACCUGUAAUCCAAAUCCUAUUAUCCUUGGGCACAAUCUUGCACUCCGAUUCGCUGGUGUAGCAAAUGCAGCUAUUGAAGAUGGUUCAAUAUUAAGUUUUUAUCACCAAAGUGGUAAUGCUGAACUUGUACAAGAUUUUUGUAAGGAUUAUGCUGAACAAAGUGCAUACAAAUGUCCAAUUGUGGGGUCUUUCGACUUGACUUCAAUUGUAUUUUUGGAUAGUCCUCCUGAUGAACCUAAAAAUGUUACUGAAAAGCUAUAUACUAAAAUUAUACUUUCUAAUCCAGAUGGAACAAAUUUGUUUUGUAUCGAGGGAUAUGCUGUAAUUUACCAUCCCUGA